AUGAAUAAAUUCUUUAUUGUUUUAAUUAUCUUUAUUUUUUUAAAUAGUAUUUCAAAUGCUUUGGAAUUUAGAAAAUUGGUUUACACUAAAGAAAGUUGUAUAGGUGAUCCUCAAGUUGUAUACUCCGGCUCUGAAUGCUCUCCAUUGGGAUUUGUAAAUUUUUUUAAUGAAACAUUGGUUUCUGUUGGACCAGCUACAGAAUCCUCUUGUAAAAAUGCCGGAAAGAAUGAAACAAUGGCCACUGUUUCUCCAUCAAAGAACUAUCCAUUAAACAAGUGUGUACGUGGCGGCAAUGGUAACCAUUUUUACUAUAUUUCUUCUGUAAAGGGUAACCCAGUUUCCAUCAAAGGCUAUUGCACAACAUAUACCUACUUUGGCGAGGAUUGCGAUGGUGUUUUAGUAUACUCGUUCCAAAACGGCACUUGUGUUAACAGUACUAAAGAAUCCCAGUUUAGAAAAUUAGUAUGCACCGGUAAAGAGACCUUGAUUUAUGACUGUGGAUCUGAUUCCCAAUGUGGCUCAAGUAGUUGUUAUCUUUCAACUACUGACUCUGGUAAAAUAGGUGAAAACACUUGUAACAUCAAAGAAAUACCAAUUGCUGAUGCUGAAUAUGCCAAUUUCUCUGCAAAAUUAUCGUAUUCACCAAUUGUUAAUUUAUUAUCUUCUUUAUUUGUUAUUUUUUCAUUUUUUUAUUUAUAA